UGUUCGUGGAUGUUCCAAAAGGAGAUGCCAUGAUCUUGAAACGUAUACUUCAUGAUUGGACCGACGAAGACUGUGUGAAAAUUCUUAAGAACUGUUGGAAGUCACUACCGGACAACGGUAAAGUUGUUGUCAUAGAACUAGUCACUCCAGAUGAAGCUGAGAAUGGGGACAUUAAUGCAAAUAUUUCCUUUGAUAUGGAUAUGUUGAUGUUCACCCAAUGUUCCGGUGGAAAAGAAAGAUCACGAGCCGAGUUUGAAGCUUUGGCUGCAGCUUCUAGCUUCACCCAUUGCAAAUUUGUUUGUCAGGCUUAUCAUUGCUGGAUUAUUGAGUUUUGUAAAUAAAAUGUAUAAGAUAUAAAACUAAAACGCUGAAAUUGUUAAUUCAUCUUCGUCUCAUUAUGUGAUGAUCAUGCUUUGACUGU